AAACGGUUCUACUUCGUAUAGUUCCUGUAAGGGUUAGCAUUGAGCUAGCGACGCGAAUCCGCACCUUUUUCUGUUCUGUGUGGAAAAGCGCCAUCUUUCGGUUAUUUCGGGUAAAAGAAAAUGGUGCUUAGUGGGCGGGUCGAGUCCUGCUCAGCUCUAACGUGACAGACUGAAGAAGCAGAAAGCAGAAGAAGAAGAGAGAGAGAGUUAGUGUGUGUGUGUGUGUGAGAGUGAGAGCAGCUGAACACACACACCCCAUGUGUAAUAUAUAUUAGAUUAUUUUAUAUUAUAUUAUUUCUACACGGAGACGCGCGUGCACGCAGACAGUUAGUGUGUGAGAGAGAUAGACAGACAGACAGACAGACAGAUAGAUAGAGAGAGCAGUGUUUUUCUUGUAUUCCUCCGUUUUCAUCCUUUAACGGACUCUAAAUCGACUUUGUUUGUCUUUGCAUAUCAUCCGGACUGGAUUUGGACUCAGCACAGACGAGACUACGGAUUGUUUGUGGUGCUGUUUAACCAGAAUUGAUUCUCAGAACCCCAGGAGCAGUAUGAAGCGGUAGCCCGGCUCGGAUACCAUUUUUAAAAAAAUAAAUAAAAUAAUAACAAACCCUUUCAGACACUGAGAGAGAGGGAGAGACGCCAGUAUUGUUUUGUUGGACACUCGAAAGAUUUCCACAAGGUCACAAGUCAGCAUGUUGAGAUAAUAUUGUUGUUAUUUAUGACUUGGUGGUGGUGGUGUGGUACAGAGAGCUAGCCCUGGGGUUUUUUUCGCCUUCAUCACUCGGGUUUUAUUUUGUUGGCAAACUCAACCAACUGCUGCCUUUCUGUCUGAGAAGAAGAAGAAGCAUCUGCAUGAUCCAGAAGUGACUCCGGACCCGAGUUUGGCCGUUCAUACAGCGGAACGAUUAAAAAAGCAAAAAAGGCAAGCAGGCUCUUAGCCCGUCCUCCCUGUGGUUCCUGAUGCUCAGCGUGGACUCUCGCCGCUUCACUGCAGGAUGGAUGGUGUGGAUCUGACGCUUCUCUGUUGCCGUACGCGCUUGCUGAUCUGUGACUGCAUCCUGUUCUUUUACGUUUAUAAAAGAACUCCUCCUCUUUUGGGCUCGGGCCCGACGGAGUGUAUCGAUAACUGUUUAUAAGUACCACGCAAAAUAAUUCCAGGCUCUCACACAAAAUCUGAGAUUUUAUUUUGCCAACCCCCACCCCAUCCCCGGUUUACAUUUAGGAUUUAUUCUUGAUAGUAUCACUUAUUUAUUCUUUUAAAAGUUUGCUUGUUUUUUCCCUCUCCUGGAGUGAAGAUGUCACAAAACCCUAACGAUGGCGUGGAGUUUCUGGCUCCUCCCCCUAAAAAUGUGAAUGGCUCUGGGUCGGAUUCGAUGCUCGGUGAAAAACUGGGCGUGGAGGUCCGGCACCGCCGCCACACCAUGGACAAAGAUCUUAAGACGGCAGAGCACCGAUUUUUCCGCCGCAGCGUCAUUUGCGACUCUAACGUCACGGCGCUUGACCUCCCGAGCAAAGCCUGCAUCCCGACGUCUCUCCCGGACUGCGAGUCGUCCGUGUGCUCUUUGGGUUUGGGCUCGGCUCCGGACCGAGCUCCGGAGGUCUGUACAGCCGUUGUAAUAGAGGAGCCCGUGGAGGAUGUGGUUGGAGGAGGUGGACUCGGGCAUGAUGUUGGUAUAGACAAGGAUCUCCCGUGCGUGCAAGUAGAUGCUACUUGGAUUCGGAGCGAGAUUCCCAGGACUUUACCCACGCAGCCUGUUGUGACGAGUGUGCCAGAGCGGAAAGGGAAAGCGGACGGCGACGCGACUGAGAAAUGCGAGGAGGAAAAGGAGGCGGCGAAGGCUCGCGUGGAAGCAGAGCAAAGAGAGGCGGAGAAGAAGGUGCAGGAGGACGAGGAGGUGGAAACCAAAGCCGUGGGGACGUCGCUGGACGGCCGCUUCCUGAAAUUCGACAUCGAGAUCGGACGUGGAUCUUUCAAAACCGUCUACAAGGGCUUGGAUACCGAGACGACCGUGGAAGUAGCGUGGUGCGAGCUUCAGGACCGUAAGCUGUCCAAGUCCGAGCGUCAGCGCUUUAAAGAAGAGGCGGGCAUGCUGAAGGGCCUGCAGCACCCCAACAUCGUGCGCUUCUACGACUCGUGGGAGUCUCCCUCUAAAGGCCGCAAGUGCAUCGUACUGGUGACGGAGCUCAUGACAUCGGGCACGCUGAAAACGUACCUGAAGCGAUUUAAGGUGAUGAAGAUCAAGGUCCUGAGGAGCUGGUGCCGUCAGAUCCUGAAGGGCCUUCACUUCCUCCACACCAGGACUCCUCCCAUCAUCCACCGGGACCUGAAGUGCGACAACAUCUUCAUCACAGGUCCCACCGGCUCUGUAAAGAUCGGCGACCUGGGCCUGGCUACUUUAAAGCGCUCUUCUUUUGCCAAGAGCGUCAUAGGUACCCCUGAGUUCAUGGCACCCGAGAUGUAUGAGGAGAAGUACGACGAGUCGGUGGACGUGUACGCCUUUGGGAUGUGCAUGUUGGAGAUGGCUACCUCAGAGUACCCGUAUUCAGAGUGUCAGAACCCAGCGCAAAUCUACCGGCGGGUCACCAGCGGUGUGAAGCCGAGCAGCUUCGAUAAGGUGGCCAUACCUGAGGUGAAGGAGAUCAUCGAAGGCUGCAUUCGACAGAACAAAGACGAACGAUAUGCCAUCAAAGUCCUGCUGAACCAUGCCUUCUUCCAAGAGGAGACGGGAGUGCGGGUGGAACUGGCUGAGGAAGACGAUGGGGAAAUGAUCGCUAUCAAACUCUGGCUGCGCAUCGAAGACGCCAAAAAGCUGAAAGGCAAAUAUAAAGACAACGAAGCUAUCGAGUUCUCCUUUGACCUCCUUAAGGAUGUUCCUGAAGAUGUGGCCCAAGAAAUGGUUGAGUCUGGAUACGUGUGCGAGGCCGACCACAAGACCAUGGCCAAGGCCAUCAAAGACCGCGUGUCACUGAUCUGCCGUAAACGAGAACAGAGAAAGUUAGUUCGGGAGGAGCAGGAAAAGCGCAAACAGGAAGCUGAUCAACAACAACAACAACAACAACAACAGUUGAGCGAGUCUCAGAAGGCCUUGUAUUUCGGACCUCCGGGAACUCCAGGAGCCACUCAGACUCCGUGCAGCCUCCAGCCACCGACUCCCGGCCCUGGACAGCUCGAACCAGACGAGUGUGAAGUAGACCAACACCAGCAGCUGCAGUACCAGCAAGCUGAAGGUACGGUGGAGAGCGGACAGGGUUCAUCCGUCUUCUCCGAGACGCCGCUGAGUCAGCUCAACAUGUCUUAUAGUUCUCCUGCAGCAUCUCAUCAGAGCCCCCAGCAGCAGCAGCAGCAGCCUGCACAGCCCUCCUACCCCUCUGCCUCGCAAACUACCCAGCAGCACCCUGCAUUCCCCCCGCAGCCCAUGCCGCAGUCUCUGGCUCAGCCGUAUAGCGGUGGAGGGGGCUCGGGUGUGUCUGACCCGCCGCUCUCUUUCCCCUCCAUCCCCGAGCGGCCCAUCUCCUUCUCCCCGCCGCCGUCCUGCCCACCCAAAGGCUUCAACGUGCAGCGCCGCAAGAGCACCUCCAUCUUAGAGGCCCAUACGCGCCACUUUCAGCCAGCCUACCGCAGCUAUGGGAGCGGCCUCCAACCGUUCUCUAGCGUCGAAGCUCAUGAGCCGUCACACUUCCUGCUACCGAACAUAGCGGCUCAUAGACUGGCCGAGCAAAUGCAGGCUUCAACGGAGUCCUUGCACAGCUACAAGGACAUCCGGAUGGAGCAGGAGGAGGCCGUGCGCAGACUGAGUCUCAACCAGGCCGUCCUGCUGGACCAUUUGGAGGCCAUGGCGUACAGUGGAUACCCGAUAACAGCACAUCAGCUCAACCAGCUCACCUUCCACCAGCAGAUGCAGGCUGCUGCUGCUGCGAGCCUGGCGUACGAGAGCCCUCAGCCCUGCCCGGGCUACUUACACCCACACGUCCCGAGCCUCAUGCGCCUGAACCACAGUCCCAUCCCUCAGCCAGCACCUGGUAGCAUGGCCCAAGAAUCCUGUUACCAGCCUCACCCGUCAUUUCCUCAUUCUGCUCCCCCAGUACUGGCACACACUUCUGAUCCUGGCCCUGCCUUCGAGUUCCACACGCACAGCGUCCAAGCAGAGCCGGGAACGCUGGCUGCGAGGCUGUUCCGAGCCCGGCGCGGCUCCAUGGAGCUCAGUCUGGAAGAGGUGUCAGGAAACGCGGCACCGUGCAGUCGGCUGCAGCCGGUGACCGAGGAACUGGGGAGCUACAUGAGCCCGGAGAUGCCACUGCCUCCAGGAAGCCUGCUAUUGCUCCACACUCAAAAAGAGCGCAGCCCGGAUCCUUCCAGCGACUCGGUGACAUCUGACACUGGAGACUUUCACUCACCGCCUCUGCCGCACGCAGGACGCCCGUGUCUGGAUGCCUCGCUCGCUCAGUCCAUCCCCCAGACAUCCGAAAGAGGGAGCGGAACAUGCGAAGGCCAUCCUCCCACUCACCAGUCUUAUCUCUUCAUCCCUCCGUCUGAGCCAUUCAGCUCUAAUAUCAGCACUCUACAGAGCGCCUGGGCCCGACAAACCACCAUCCAGCCUCCUGAGCUUUCCUACCUGGAGACUGCUCUGAGCCUACAGGGUUCUGCUUUGCAGGCUCCGCCUCCCCAGUCCAGUACGGCUCUUCCGAUGGUCUCCACCAGUGCCCAGGCCGCACCCUGGAGCGACCCGGUCAAUCCACAGUAUGGAGGUUACUACAUCCCAGCAGUCUCUUCGCAGAUGCUUCCACAGCAGGUUUCUCUGAACCCUGCCUCUCAGCAGCCCACCGCCUCAUUGCCCCAGCAGCAGCAGCAGGCACUUCCACCACAGCCUGCCAGCUCAGGCCUACAAAGCAUCGCCCAAGCACACAUCCAGCCUGGGUCUCCUGCUACACAGUGUAUUAGUGAGUUGAGUCCUCGGGUUCUGUCCCCGUCGCCGUGUGUGGAGCGUCUGUUCUUCCAAUACCAGGCGACUCAGCUCGCUCUGGUGCAGCCGUCUGUGCCUGGCCUGGGCUUCCUGCCCCCCGUAUCAGUGCCUCCUCAGCCGCUCCCACUAACAGUGGCCCAGGGACAGCAGCCGCUCCUUGUGGUGGCUUCAUCAGUUCCCUCGUCCCCGGCACCAGGAACCGUACCGUCUGCGUCUCCCUCAGCACUGCUCACUGCGUCGUCGCAGCCCCAAACGAUGCUUCCUCCUCUGCCGAUCACGACCACUGUGCCAACAAUCUGUGUGGCUACUGUCCCCAGUCCUACCGAGCAGCCCGGGCUAGCGUCAGAAUCCCCGGCUCAGGCAUCCCAGACCGGUUCUCAGACCACAGAUAUGUCACAGCUUCAGGCUCCAGCAGUGCCCUGCGGCAUGGAAAGCAGCCACUCUGAUGUGGCGUCUGGCAUGAGUGACGGAAAUGAGGGCGGGACCAGCGGCAGGCAUGAGGGUCGUUCAGCCAAACGGCACCAGCGGAGAUCCGUACGCAGCCGCUCCCGCCACGACAAGACCACCAAAGCCAAACUUAACGUGCUCAAUAUCUCUAAUAUGGGUGACAGGGUUGCCGAGUGCCAGCUGGAAACACACAACAGGAAAAUGGUGACUUUCAAAUUCGACCUGGAUGGAGAUAAUCCUGAGGAAAUCGCUCAGAUCAUGGUUGAGAGCGAGUUUAUUCUGGAGAGCGAGCGAGAGUCCUUUAUCGAACAGGUUCGGGAGGUCAUCGAGACUGCAGAUGAAAGGGGUCUUGAAAGGGAAGGCAGCCAGACUGUAAGCAAUCCUGAAGUGCAGAUGACUGCUCCGUACACACCUCUCCAGCCAGGUGCUGGCGCGAGUACCACUACUCAGGUGGUGACCUCGGCGGGCCGCAGGUUCAUCGUCAGUCCUGUUCCCGAGUCCAGACUGAAGGAACAAUUCUUCAGCGCGGUUCAACCCCCUGCUCCUAUUUUUGAGCAGCCUGCAGCACCAGCAGGACUGCCUGCGAUGGGUCUGUCUCAGUCCGCCUCGGCGCUUUCUCUGCAGCAGGCGUUUACCGAGAUGCGUCAGGGACAGUAUGACCCUGGGCCGAGCACAGCACCCCCUACUCUCAACACCUCCCUUCCUCCACUGUUCCCUGCAGUCAACUCCUUGCCUCUGUCCUCCACUACGAUGCUGUCAUCUCCACCACAGUCCUCUGAGCUAGCUGGCCCUCCUCUGACGGUCUCCUCCUUGUCCUCCUCCUCUCCCCCUCCUUCACUCACUCCUGUGGUGGUCUCGUUACCUCCUCAGAUCCCCCUGCCUGUCUGUCAACCCGUGGUGACCGGUAUGACGGCUCAGCCUUUCUCAUCUCCGCCUUCCUCAGCCACUUCUGCUGUUUUUCCCCAGCCGACAGUCCCAGUACACACCACUAUCAGCACAGCAGCGCCGAGUAGCAUCGCUCCGCUCUGCCAGCACGCUCCCGUUAUAAACAAUGUGAUCUCUUUUCCUGGUGGAAUCACAGAACAACCUGCUGUCGCUUCUAGCGUAGCACAAAUCACCCCUCCUGUUGCCCCCAGCACAGCCAUUCAAACUCCUCAGCUCACACCUAGUGUCAUUGCGCCACUCCCUGUCACCGCCUCUUUGCCACAGGUGCCAGUCACCAGCAGUGCCCCUGUGGUGCAGCCCACCCUGGUUCACAGCCAACCGCAGCCUUCGCCGCUGCCCAAUCAGAGCCAUUCUCACUGCACCGAGUGUGAGAGCGACCCUCAGAGCAAAACCCCAGGCAUUGAUGACAUCCAUGCUCUAGACAAGAAGCUGCGCUCACUCUUUAUGGACAUGGGUGCCGGCCCUCCUUCCGGCCCAGCCGACGCCAGUGCCACCGAGCCAGCUGCUCCCGGCACAUCCUCCCCUACCACCUCCAUCACCACCCCUCUUCCUCCCACUAGCUUACCUCUGAGCUCUCCUAUGACCACCCCGGUCACUAGUGCCACCCCUGUCAGCAAAACGCCGUUGUCCCGAUUGCCGGUGUUGCCUGUCGGCUCCGAGCAGGCCGGCACGCCACCCACAGAACACCCACCUCUCUUCCCGGGACCUUGUCUAACUCAGUCCCAGCAGCCACUGGAGGACCUGGAUGCCCAGCUGAGACGAGCUCUGAGCCCUGAGACGGUGUCUGUUAGCAGCGUCGCAUACCAGUCCUCUCUUACCGGGAUACCUGCUGGAGGGCAGCCAGUUCCAUUUUCGCUUGAAGGAGAGCCAGGGGCUGUGCCUGCACCUGGAGGUUUCAAGCUGGGCCGAUUUCAGGUGUCUUUAGCAGCUGAUGACUCUUCCCUGCAGCCUCCCACAACCUUCGGUGACUCAUCUUCCUCUACAACCUCUUCAUCCACCUCGUCCUCGUCCUCGAAUCUCUCCAGUCCUGAGAACACACUGCACAGGGCCUCUCCUCCUCUGCGUGAGUCAGGGGGCGAUGUGGUGGACGGUUUGCCCCCUGCGCCCCCCGGCGAGCCGACUACAAUCGGCCGCUUCCAGGUCACCACCAAGAGUGAAACCACAGUGGGCCGUUUCUCUGUGAGUCGUGCCGCUGACAAGCCAGUAACUCUCAUACCCGGGGAUGCAGAGUCUCCAGAACCACCACCCCAGAGUCCUCCAGCUAUGGGCAACGGCCCUGCACUCAGUCCUGAGGGCAAGAGCCAGAUGAGCACGAACAACUCCUUUAACUCCUACUUCAGCAGCGAUAACGACUCCGAGUUCGAAGACGAGGACUUCAAACGGGAAAUCGACAAGCUACGUGAGAAGCACCUGAUGGAGAGUCAGGCGCUGUACGCUCGUCAGAAAGAGGAGAUCGAUGCUCUUUUCGCCCGUGUUGGAAAAGUCCCUCCCGCCAUCAUAAACCCACCCGCAGUGAAUCUGGCUGGCCGCAGGCGCCGACCCACCAAGAGCAAAAGCAGCAAGUCGAGCCGCACAAGUUCUCAGGGCAGUAAGAGCCCGGUCCAGCCUGGGAGCACCACUUUAUCCACUCAAAGCGCUCCCUUGGUGUACCCGACCCAGCAGUCCUUUCACUCCCCCAGUGGGUUGGGAGAGACAGGGAGCAACCCCCUGCUCCAGGCUUUCAAGCCCUCACCCUCCAGCGAGAACCUAUACUCGGCCUACACCAGUGAUGCCACGCUGUCCGCCCCCAGCCUCUGUCUGCCCACGCAUGGCUGUGUAAAGUUCAGCUGUGGGUCGGAGAGAGUGACCUUCAAACCAGGUGGCAGAAGGACCCGUUUUCUGAGGAAGAUGGUGAAAAAAGUGUGCCCCUGCAACCAACUCUGUAGGACGAACAGCACAAACACAGUGGGCGGACCGGGGCAGGGGCAGAACCAAACGCAGCCUCCUUCCAUUGCGUCCCAGAGCCGGAAGGGCACGUUCACCGACGACUUGCACAAGCUGGUGGACAACUGGGCCAGAGACGCCAUGAACCUGUCCCAGGGCAAGAGGGGCUCGAAACCCCAGCAGCAGGCCCCGUCUCAGAGCCACAGCUAUGAGAUGAUUCCUUCUGGAAGCAUGGCCCGCAAGUACUCCGCUCCGGGUCAGUUGUGUCCCAGCGUGGCUUCAUCCAUGCCCAACCCUCCUGCUACCUCUCUGGGGGCACGGAAAGGCUCACUGUGCCCUGCGCCUCAGUACGGCUACCCCUCUGCAUCUUACAACGGCCCAUGGGCCAGUGUCUCAGCCACACACACUCAGGCCCUGGGCCAGUUUCCCACAGCCCCGGGCACGGCCUUCCACAUCAACACUCUGCAGAAAUCAGUCAGCAACCCAGGAGGGCCUAAUUUAAGGACCACAUAAGGUUGGGUCUAGCCUGUGCUAGGCCACGAGAGAGUGAGAGAGAGAGAGAGAUGAACUGGUGGUGAGGUUGUUGUGAGCUUAGACGUGUGUUGGAGAUAAGCCAGGGUUUGUGCACACAUACACAAACACACCUUGUGUGGAUGAAUCACUCCUGCGCUCUGGUUUACAUGCCGUGAGGUGAAUGCACACCGGCGCAAAGGAAAGAUUAAAAAAAAACAACCACAAUGGGAGCAAUGUUAAAGCAGCCAAAGAGGAUGGUGACCAUUUUUUCUUCUUGUUUGAAAAUCUCACGAACGUGUAUAGCGAUGUUGCUCCAGAGUAGCCUGAGGACGAGCUUGCUAAGCUUUCCCUGACUGCUUCACUUUAUUUCACACACUUUUAGUCAGUUGAGGUCCCAGGUACCAGUGACGGAAGAGGGGGAAACGAGAUGGAUGCGCCCCGUCUCUCCAUUACAAACUUUCCGGCAUCCUGGUAUCUGCUCUAAUGCUAUGUAAUGCAAUAAUUCUAGAAAUUAAAUCAAACGCCCAUUUUAAAAACACAGGAAGUGGCCUUUAGUAGAGAAAACGAGUAUUCAUGUACAGCUUCUCUUCUUUUUUUUUCUUUUUUUUUAUUUUAUAUAUACGUAAAUUGGGGUAUCAUUUUAAAGUUGUGUGGAUUUUCACGUGGUCAGAGGCCAUUCAGCCACCCCUGAGAGUUUGGACUACAGAGCUACGAUAACUAUAACAACUCCCAGCUUGCUUUGUAGUACACCGUCAUGCUUACCGUCCACCUCCACCUCUCGUCUUGGGAGUUUUAUUUUACCCUAAAAAAUUUAUUUAAUUAACAAUAAAGAUCAAUACAAUUACCCAACCCGAUUUUUUUUCUCCUCCCCCCUUUAAAGUCAAAAACUAGUCCUGCGCUAUUAAUUCAGUUUUGGAAAGAACGUCCAGAGAGGCUGGAGGUGAGGUGGAGAUUUAUUUACCCUGAGCGAGGAAGGGGUGCCUGUGUGGCUUGUUCACGCAUACUGCAGGCUGGUGAAGCUUUAAAUCUACUAUCUCUUAGCAUUGUUACAGCUUUUAUAAUCCUGAGCGCAUUAGGGGACCUCUUUACGACAGGUUGAAUUUUUUGAACUGUAUGUUUAAAUGAGAAAAGUUGUGUUCUGUACGGACCUGUAUUUAUCCAUCAGUUAUUGAUGUUGAAACACUGUGAUUUAUUAUUAAUGUUGUUGGACAACAUAAGUUUAAAGCAAUGGUAGAAAAAGGGUGGAAACGAGGAGAGUUUAUUGCUAUUCGGUAAAAGGUAAUGUAAGGCUAGCUAUUACCUUAUUACAGAACUUAUUGGAGACACUUUAACCCUUUUCCCCCUGCUUUGUACUUCUUUCUUUGUAUUAGAUAAAUGUGAAUGUAAAACUGUUUCGAUUAACGUACUUGAAUAACCGGUCCGUUUUUUCCCUCCUCCCCAGUGCCCAGAGGGUGCUGGAGUUUCUAGUGCCUUGCAUUCUUUCUUUCCUUUUUUUUUGUUUUGUUUUGUUUUGUUUUUUGUUUGUUUUUUGCUUUGUAAUUUAAUUUUGUGGCAGCAGAGGUAGGUGUGUAGGUGCCUAGUCGGUUGUUUGCGUGAAAAUUAUGGCGAUUAACAGGCUGUCCUUUAGGGUAGAGACUCUUGAGUUUGGUGCCAUUUCUUUCUUUUUCUUUUUUUUUUACAUCUGGUUAAGACCAAAAUGAUCUGGUGAUGUAUAGUUCUAGCUUAUUACUCUUAGAAGGGGUGCGGGGUUUAUGAACUCUUUAAAGUGUUGUCUAGCACAAAAGGUCAGUGAUAAGAUUUUGGCCUGGGCACUAGUCUGGUGGACAGCCUGUCUCCAAUUUCCUGCCCUUUAGCCUGCUUGCCAGUGUUCUCAGAUCAAUCGCACCCCCUUUCAAGGACCCUUGCAUAUAGCAUGUUACCCUGCCAUAAUAGUUUGUAAAUUCUGUAAGCUACACAAUUCUCUUUGGGGCAGCAGAUAGACAGUUAAUAUCAAAGAGUAACCCUUUGUUAACUCUGGCAGCGAUGCAACACGACAUGGUAUUAAUAUUGAACCAUCGUUGGUCCUUUAGAGCGUCAGAAGAGGAGCGAGAGUGGGAUUAACUUUUAUGCAACUGAGAAUCGAUGUGAUGAGUAACAGUGGGAAUGAUGGACAAGUGGUAUGCCCAAACUGUUAAACAUCAGUGUUUGGGUUUUUUUUUGUGUUUUGGUUUCAGAUAUUCAUGCGUUGAUGCUACAGGCUUUAAGAGUUGAAUACACCUAUAAAGAAUGCCGCUGGUGUUUCCAGCUGGACGGCAUCUACUCAAACCAUUUGUAGUUUGUGGUCUAGCCUACGUUCUGCAUCUAGCUGUAUAGUUUAUCCAGGAGCUACCAAGGAAACCAUGGCAACCAGCGUUAACUCCAGAUAGCGAAGUGCAGAAGUGAACAGUGACUACAAGGUGAAAUGUCGCUGCUGGUCUGAACGCAGGGUUCUCCAGGAGGUAAGCAAGCACACGGUCAGCGCUCAGUUAAAGAGGAGCUACACCGAUUAGUUUACUGAGCUGUCCCAUGUUAAAGCUUGUUUUUUUGGCGUAGACGAGCCAUUCGAGUCGGGAAGUGCGGUAGUCUUGUGUCGGCUGUGAAUCGGAAGUGUCCAGAUGAGGUGAGUAAGUUGAGUGAAGUCAGUAUAUUGAGAGGAUUCUGAGAGUCAGUAAUAAAGAAUACUAGUCCCACAGGUUUGUAACCACUUUCAGUUUUGGGUUUGUCUGCAUCUCUGCUUCAGCAGCGAGGCCCCGUAUUGUCGUAGAUGCAACAGGCGACUUGUGGUUAAUCAAAAUGAAAGUUCAGUUCAGUUGAAGGACCAGGAAGGUGAAGUGUCGUAGGUGUAGGUGGCACCUCGCCAACACAAGACUCUGCCUCUGCUGCGCUGUAGUGUCUGAAACGGCGCCGCUUUCCUACUUGCGCUGCCCUUUAUCUCAUACGGUUCUCAGUUUAUUGUAGAAAUAUCUACCGUGUGCUUUUCAUGCAGAUCAGUAGCAUUUUAAAAGGUCUUUUAGCAGCAAUCACUUGAUGCCACUCACAUGGUCAGCAAAAAAAAACAAAAAAAACAACCCAAAAACAAAUAGAACAAUGUGUUUGUGUAGGUUAGAACUUCUGUGUAGAAGUCGGUGGACGUGUCGCCGCGUAUCUGUGAAAUCUACUUAGAGCAGAAAAACGCCAGCUUUAGAAAUCCGUAGAGCGGCAUGAGCAGGUUGCAGCUACAAGGUAUAGAGCAGUGAACCUAGUCAUCGUCACGACUGAUCACUGAUAGGAACUGCUAGAGUACACGCCAUGGCCUUUAAGCUUAGCUGUCUGCGUCUGGUAGCAGAAAAGUCCACGUUAUUAAUACAGUCCAUUAAUAGAGAACUACAGAAUAGAUUAGAAACCGUUUACUCUCUGUGAGUGGCUGUAUUGAACUUUCAGUAUUUAAAAACAAAAGGUUUUAACGAUUUGUUUGUUUGUUUUAUUUUCUUCCCGCUUAGUUCGUACUCAGUGCUUUAUCUGUAAAUCUAGAACGCAGUGCUUGGUUUGGUUUUUUGAAGCUGAGAUCAAAUCCAAAUUUUCCAGUUCCGUUAAUUCUGUGUUCGAAUGAAACCCUCAACGACUAGCAUACGAGUGCCAUUCCUACAUUUCUCAUGAGUUGUAGUUUGCUCUGAUUUUAUUUCCAUAAACCGAGCACCUUGUUUACGGUUAGAAAAGUGAUUAUUUAGUAGCUGCAGUGCAGAAUAUGCAAUAUAUGUAAUAAUGGGAUACACUGGGUAGAGACCAUGUCCCAGGUUUACUCCAGUAGUAAGGAGAAUUUACUGAAUUCACACGUGCUAUUACUCCAGUAUCACUUUUUUUGUUUCCGUUUGGAACGUAGACACUUCUACCGUAAUAUUAUCCUGUUUACGCCUUCACCUUCCACCUGUCACAAAUUGCCGCUUAGGAAAGUGCCAAUAUGUAGAAAUGCAGUUCACUGCACCACCUGACACAUUCAGAGAAUAAUAAUAAUAAACAUGCUCGUCUUUCUGGGAAAAAGAACUUGCAUGCUACUUUGGUCACUAGUGAUAUUCACCACAACGUCACAACAGUCUCCUGCAUUAAUUGGAAUGAGUGUCGUCUUCUUUUUUUUUUUUUUUUCCCCCUUCCAUUUUGUCUCCUGUGGAAAGAAAUACAUCCGAACAGUGUGUUUACUUAAUGCUACUGACCUGUCAUUAAGUUAUUUUGUUUUGUACUACUAUCCGAGUUCUUGAUUGUGUGUCUGCCAUUUAGUGACUUCGGUGAUUUUUCUUUUCCAUACACUAUUUAACAUUGUGCAAAAUGUCUAAAAAAAAAUAAAAUAAAUAAAAAAAAAAAAGAAGAAGAAGAAAAAAGGUGAAUAAAAUGAAAACCAAACAAAAACAUGUCAUGAAUCAUUGGCAGCAUUUAACUGUUUAAAUGGUUUGCACUGUAGGAUGUUGAGGCUUCAUACAAAACUGCUCUCCAAUAAAACACAAUUUGUUACAUUAUUUGUAAAUUUAAUAAAUGAAAGCCAUUUAAAUAAA